CUUUUUCAGUUUUUAACCUUUCUCCAAAAAAGUGGGGUUCUUCUGGAAUCUCAAGCAUUGCAUUGGUUGCCCUUCUGGGUUGAGUCUCUUAUCUGCUUUUUCAAGGGAUUCAUAUCAGGCCUAACCUUGCUGCCAGACUGCACCUAGCCUUUUUGGACUCUAUCUUCCUAAGGGGCACAUGUUUAGCUUUAAUCUCAAGUUACUGGCCUCUGUAUAGGCAGCGGAUUCUAGUUCAUGAAGCAGGCUACCCCCUUGUUGUGCAACCCAUAACUUAUGGUUUGCCCAAUUCAUGGAGUGAUUUUGGAUCCAAUUGCUGCAAUGCAGAUGGGCAUCCAAGGGCAGGUAGUGAUUAUGAAUUUUUUUUAAUUACAUUUUUCUCUAAGUAUUUUUGUGAAGUAAAUCAAUCUGCAUGAUGUAUGCUGUUUGAUUCUUAAGCAAUAUAAUCUCUUGUUGACAACUUUAGUUUAUGGAAGUUAUUAAGGCCCAGACCCAGCAUUUGUCUACUGGCUGGAACUCAGUUUUGGGAUGAGAAAAUGAGUAAUGAGCUGGCUGAAGGACGAUUGAGUGGCUCUACCUUUGACAGGUACUGCAUGGUCCUUUUUGCUGGUAUUGCUGCUGAAGCUCUGGUUUAUGGUGAGGCUGAGGGUGGAGAGAAUGAUGAAAACAUGUUUCACAGCAUCUGUGUCCUUCUGCAACUGCCAUUGUCUGUAGCUCAGUAAAUCUGCAACUAUCUAUUUUCAUGCCUUUACUCCAUUAAUAGGUACUAAUUAUCCUCACCUAGAGAGAGAAAAGAUGCUAAUUACUGGUUUUCAUUACCUUGAGAAGAUUUCAAAUCAAGCUAGGUGGUCUGUUCUACAGUCUUUCAACAUGCUUAAAUGGCACAGGCAUGCUGAUCGAGCUACUGUCAGAGCUUUGGAAAGUGGUGGUAGUCUUAGUAUUGUAAUUAGGAGGAUUGAGCAAGCCAUGUCUUCUGGCAGAUGAUGUGCAGAAGAACAUAAACAUGCUUGUUUCUGUGGUCCAAUGAAGUUCAAGAGUUAAAUGUUCUAUAUGCACCUAUAGGAAGGCUUAGAUAACCAUCGUCUGUUCUUGUAUGGCUGGGCAUGGUGAACUGAGGCAUGGAAGCUCUGAAGCGUUACUCUGAUUAUUGUUCUCUACUCUUUUCCGUACUAAAGUAAAGACUAAUUGCAUGUGUCAUCACUUAUGAGAAAGAUUUUCCUCAAAUGAUAGGUUUCUUAGAAGGAGAAUGAAUGAUUCAACUUUUUUGAAGUUACCAAGAUAUGUCCUAACAGGCCACGGUGGGCGGUGGGCACAUCGAGGAAGUAACAAAUUUUGGAUCAAGCCUACCAUUUUUGACAUAUGUAGUCUAAAGAGAUGGUUCCUCUUGGUAUCUUUGCUGCAUUUAGACCACAAAUGUGAGCCAAGUUUCUCGUGUUCUCAUCUUUUUGUAAACAUUUUAGGAUCAGAGUGCCAUUUUUUCCAACGCUGUUUUGGUUGAAUGAAUGUUUGGUUUUGAGCCAUGGCCCCUUGAUUGUACCCCUAACUAAUUUGAUUAUGGUUUAAGCUUUUGCCCCAAUCAAGAUGUCUCCAUAUUCUCUUAGAACAAAAGACUACAACAUUUUGCACAUGCGCUUUAUUUGUAAAAGUUGUCAUUUUUUGGCUAAAUUUGUAUAUGUUCUCAUUAUUUUCCAAUAAAUGACAUUUGGUGGG